AUGCUAACUAACAAUAAGUCGUUAUAUAUUCGUCGUUACCAAUUGAUUGGAACGGUCCAAUGCGAAUAUCAGCAGGUGGUAAAUACACGCGGGGUUUACAAUAAAAGAUGUACAACGUUUUUUCAAGGGUGUCAAGGAUCCGUAAGAGUCAAUUCGGCAUGCGUCGUAGAACAAUAUAAAGUGUUUGCUGGCUGGAGAAUUUCAUAGGUAUUGCACAAAGAGGUCGAGAAUCUCUGAGAGCACUACGGGAACAAUGCUUUCCACGAGCGACACCGGUAACGAAGACGACCGUGACUCCGACUCUGGUGGAGAACUUCUUACUGACCGUUCAUUGGCAAUUCCAACGUCAAUUGGAAUAACGGAGAACGAUACAACGCGGAAACGAUCGAACAGUCUGAACGAUUCUGAGGAUGGAAGCCCGGAACCUGGCUCUCAGAGCCCGACGCAUACGCCUCCAUUAACGCCAGCAUUGACACCGCAAAGAGAGGAUACGCCAGCGCCAGAAAAUCUCAGCCUUCGCAAAAGCGGAAGCCCUCAGCAAACGCAACAGACGCUUCAACCGGUUGAUUUGGUGCAGCCUAGACCUAGCCCUCCAUUACCUUCAUUGGCGGCCGCAGCGACCGCGGUACACUUUCCACCUUAUGCUCCCCUAUACGGUCCAGCAGCGAGUUCGCUUUAUUGUUCUCCAGCGUUAUACCAGCAUCAACAUCAUCAUCACAUGCCAGAGCCUCGUGAAAUUCAAAUGCAGAUGCAGAUGCAAAAUAUUCAACAGACUUGCGGCCUUCAGUUGCAGCAGCAACAACAACAGCAGCAGCAACAACAACAACAACAGCAACAACAACGAUCGCCUGUCGACGUUUUGUUGCGAGUGUUCCCGGGAAGACGUCGCGCGGACAUCGAGGCUCUGUUGCACCGGUGCAAAGGAGAAAAAAGAAAGAAAGAAAAAGAGUCAAGGAAAAUGGAAACUGGCAGAGAUAUCUAUGUCACAGGCGACGUGGUGUCCGCUAUGGAGGUAUUGGUCUGCGAGGAUAAUCUGCAGCCGAAAUCAGCUUUCUCGCCUUUGGCAGGCGCAUUGGCGUCGGCUGCGGCCGCGUCCGCGUCCGCUUCGGUCUCGGCCGCGUACGCGAGCAGAGCCGCAUACUGCACCACUCCCAUCCCUUCGACCAGGCACAGGUUCCUGGCCGCUCCUUACGCAGGAACCGGCUACCUGCCCACAGUGAUCAAGCCGCCCAAUCAGAGUCUUCACGCGAAUGGUACGAGUGACGCCUAUCAGGAGACCAGUCCUGACGACGCCAGUGACAAGACGAGCUACUCCGAGUGACCGGACGACGCGCAGGCUGCCACCUGGUCUUACCUGCAAUAGCCUAGGGACGACGGGGGGAGGGACUUCGGCCGUGGAAAUGGCUGCCUGAAUCACGGGGAGGACGGAAUCUGAAAAUCAUAACAAUAUGCGAGUCGUGAGGAUUUUCAUGAAUUUCUUUCUGAUUGGAUGAAAGUCAUUGAGAUGGGAACAAUUUAGAAAUUUUGUAGAGGAUUGGUAGAGCGAGAGAUUAGGAAUGAAUAAUUUUUGAAAAACUGAAAUAAAUAGAUAUGGAACAAAUUUUUGAAAAAUUUCUAAAAUUUAUAAAGAUCGUAAAACUUUUCAGUACGUGGGAAAAAAAAAGAUGAAAAAUUGUUUGAUUUAAAUAAAUGAUCAAUUGGGAAAAAUUGUGAAAGCGUUUACAUACAUAUUUGUUAAAGAUUCGACAUCAUUUUGUGAAGUUAAGGAAUUUAAGAAGCAAAAAAACGGCACGACAGAUAUCUGACAAAAAAGAAAUUGAUAAUGUGAAAAGAAUUGAAGAAUUUCAUUAUAAAAAUAAUAGAAGAACUGUUAAGUGAUAUUAAAACAGAAAAGAAACCGAUCCUUAAUAGAGAGUUGAUGAUUUUUAUCCAGAAGAAAUGUUUUAUUUAUUUACAAAUGUAUUCAAACCGAACGAAGGUCCAAAGAAGAAACCAGUCAUUAGCAGCUUUCAAAUACGUAUCUCUCUGAGGAAGUAUUCUACAUUUUCUAAAAAUAUUAUAGACACAUCGUAUAGUGCAUUAUUCAAGAAGAGAUAAAAAAAAGUUGAAAGUUAAAGAAAAAAACGAAAUCAAAUAUGUAUAUGAUAUAAAAGAAGAAAACGAUUUCUGUGAAAGAAUUCCCUUAGAUUCUUUCCGCCAUUAUAAACGUUGUUAGAGAAUUUCCAAUUCGUGAACGGAAAUAAACUUUUGUCGAAUGUCUUCUUCGAAGAAUUUACAAAACAGUGUGGCCAGUAAUCCACCUAAUAUACAUACGUACAAUUCGUACUAACCAUUUUCUUUGACAUGUAACGUUCUAUGAACGUACAAAAAUAUAUAGAUAGGUAACAACGAAGAAAUAAAAAGCGAGCCAUACGUUGGCCUCAUUGUAAUAAUAUAUCUUUAUACAUACAUGUGUAGAUAAAGCGACUAAAUGAAGUAUGCGUGUAGUUAAUAUUCAUGAGAGAAGAAUGAGUGAGAGACAGAGAGAAUGAGAAAUAUAAAAGAAGAAAAUUGUAUCGUCGCGAUAAAAAUAAAAAGUAAAAAUAAAAAAGGGAAAAAAAAGGAUAAAUCAUGAAACAAAUUUGUAAAUACGCGUGAAUUGCUUUAGCCUGAUCAUCCAUUGCAGUUAAUCUGAGAUAUUGUCACGGAGUAUGUUUAGUAAAGUUACAUCAUAUAAAAAUAAUGGAAAAGAAUAAACAGAAAAAUAAAAAAAAAGUAAAAAAAAAAUGUCGAGGAAAAAAAUAAAACGGAAAAUAAAUUAUGUGUUUCUGAUGAUCGAUGCAGAAACAUAUAAGUACAUAUAACAAUGAUCGAUUAUACAUAAGUGUUUGCCUGUAAGUAUCACGGCUCUAAGAUGUUAGAUUUGCCGGCGACCGGAAACGUUCUUUGUAGUUACCAUAUGUUAUUCGAACAAAUGUAUAGACGGUUUAUGAGAAUAAUAAAUAAGAUAUUGAUACUCCA